AUUGGUAGCGCUUAAUUAGUGAUUGGUAGCCAGCUGACGUUUUCGUUUUCGUUUACAAUUUUGUUUCAUUGAAAAAACAGGCGUACGAGGAUUUUCAUUCAUUAUUCAAUUGUGAAUCAUUAAUUGGUUUGAUUACCUAUCUAGACAAUGGCUUAUCAGGGCGGAUAUCCCGGCCAGCAGUACGGAGGAGGAGGUUACGGCGGAGGCGGUUACGGAGGUGGCUACGGUGCUCCUCCGCCGCAACAGCCCGGCGUGAGUCCCGAGAUCCAGAACAUAUUCCGCAACGUGGACAAGGACAACUCUGGGAAGAUAAACAGCAAGGAGCUACAGGCAGCGCUGAUCAAUGGCCGCGGGGACCACUUUUCCGACACGGCUUGCAAUUUAAUGAUUGGAAUGUUCGAUGGAGACCGCAGUGGAACGAUUGAUCUUCUUGAGUUUGAUAAAUUGUACAAUUACAUUAACCAAUGGCUUCAGUUGUUCAAAACUUACGAUCGGGACGCAUCCGGUCACAUCGAAGAAGCUGAACUUUCUCAGGCCCUCACUCAGAUGGGAUUCCGCUUUUCGCCGCAAUUUAUCCAGUUUUUGAUCGCAAAGAACGAUCCCGUCCAGCGGAAGGAGAUCUCCGUCGAUCAGUUCAUCGUGACCUGUGUGCAGAUUCAGCGCUUCACGGAGGCGUUCCGGGCGCGGGACACGGAGCAGAAGGGCGUCAUUACGAUCGGUUUCGAGGAUUUCCUCAAUCUUUGCUUGACCACGUCGCCGUAAGUCGACGUUUGAAAUAAAAAAUUCCUUUAGUGUGAGCUGCAUCAAAAAUUAACAAAUCUAUCGCGGACCCAGAAAUGCUCUCAGGAAGUGAGUCCAUACACAGGCAACUGCAUUUGAAUUUGGAAAAUUCACGGUAUUAUUUUCAAAACUUCUUUCCCGUCUGUUUGUUUUCAAAUAGCAACAUUUAAAAAAGAAACUGUUAAGAAGAGUGUGCAUCAUCUACUGCUGAACAAAACUAGCUUAUUUAAGUUUGCAGAAUGAAGGCUAUUUUGGUAAUAAAUAACACUGGUACCAAGUAAGUUA